UCCAGACGCCGGGAGAUCGCUGCAGCUUGGGCGGGUCUUCAGCUUGCACAACUACCGGCCGCAGCAGCAAAGGAUGAACGGAGCUCUAGGAAAGGUGCUGUGUCCAAGGAAUGAUACCAUUUUUAAGCAAGGCUUUUCUCUCUUAAGAUUCAGAACUUCAGGAGAAAAUCCCAUCUGUUCUGCAGGUGGCAUUCUGUUGAGCACCAGUCGACACUACAAGACAAAGCCUACCCAUGGCAUUGGAAGAUAUAAGCACCUAGUUAAAGCCCAGGAGCCCAAGAAGAAGAGAGGAAAAGUGGAAGUGAGACCCAUUAAUUUGGGAACAGAUUAUGAAUAUGGGGUUUUAAACAUUCACCUGACUGCAUACGACAUGGCCCUGGCAGAGAGUUAUGCCCAAUAUGUUCACAACCUCUGCAACCAUCUAUCCAUUAAAGUUGAGGAAAGUUAUGCGAUGCCCACCAAAACCAUGGAGGUAUUGCGGCUGCAAGACCAAGGCAGCAAAAUGUUCUUGGACUCAGUUCUUACCACCCAUGAGCGAGUGGUUCAGAUCAGCGGUUUGAGUGCUACAUUUGCAGAGAUUUUCUUGGAAAUAAUCCAAAGCAAUCUUCCUGAAGGAGUCAGAUUGUCAGUGAAGGAGCACACUGAAGAAGACUUCAAAGGAAGGUUCAAAGCUCGGCCAGAACUGGAAGAACUGUUGGCUAAGUUGAACUAGCUCAUUGCAAACCCUUUCAAGCCAGGACUGGUGAUAUUGAGUGCCAAGGGGAAGAGCUUCCUGGGUGGUCAAAAUUAAGAAGAUCCUUUAGAUAUUGUAACUACCCAUCCCCAUUAGCCAGGAAUGCCUCCUCUCUUAUAUGGAGGAGUGUUGCCGAUUACCACUUUCCUUUGAGCCAACCUAAGACAUCCUUCAUCUAAUAAAAAUCUGCAGCUGGUGGAAAAAAAA